CUUGAUUCAACUGAGCAAUAUACAGUAUGUGGAGCUCAUCGUACCAGAAGACCGCGUCUGCGGCCUGAGAGGGUUAAGCAUGUCGUCCGGUAAGAGUAUGCGUCUGCGUUUCAAGGGUGAAAAGAAGCAAAAAAGGAAGAGGACCGAUGACGAAAAACGGAGGAAGAAGAGAAAGAAAAGCACCAAUGACGAUGACGAGUCAGACGCCGACGCAUACGGAGGCAACGAGCAAGCCUGGGUCGAAGUCGAGAAGGUAACGGACCUCGCAGGGCCUGCUUUCCUUGUCCAACGUUCCUUCACCCCUUCCGCGCAUGCCUCAGAGGGUGAUGCCUUCUGCCUAGCUCUCAACUCAACACUGCAGCGCGUUGAUGCCCAGCGCGUACAGGCGGCCGAACAAUUGAGCAAGGAAGACGCCCUCUUAAAAGCUGACGACGAGCUUCAAGAUGCGGAAGUUGUUCAGCUGGAGGUCGCCGAUGAGCAGCAGUUGGAACCGCGAGACGUGAUGCAAGUCUGGGUCGCCACACGGAUUCUAGACACACCAGCAGAAGCACCUCGAUAUACACUUCGAUCCGCAGAGGGCAAAUUUCUUGCAGCUGAGCGUAGUGGUUCCGUUGGCGCCUCGUCAGAAGCCAGAGGACCGCAAGAAGAGUGGACACUGGUCAAGAGUCCUGACCUCCCGGGUUUCCAUCUUCGGAGCUUUCAUGGAAAGUAUUUGACAUUUGACCACCUAGCGGGUGGCAAGGUCGCUGUGAGGGCAGAUUUCGAACCUCCAACGGACGAACGUGAGGGAGAAACUACUUCUUCAAUUUGUGUAAAGGUUCAGUGGAAGUUUCGUCACGAAGCCAGGAAGCGGGAAUCCGGACGAAAGCCAGUCCUUGGCAAAGAUCGUGCUCCUGCCGUCAGGACAUGAGUGCUGUAUAGUCGAAGAUAUCUGAAGCACGAUAACGUAGCUUUGCAGUCCUUACAGCACGAACUUG